AUGACACUCGGGCAGCUGGAGACGUGGCCGAUGCCGAAGCUGACGGGCAACAGCAAGGCGGACGGGCAGCCCCAGUGCGGCCAUUCCCCGGAGAAGGCCUCGCAGGACACGACGGCAGGGAUCAGCGGGUCUGCGUGCACAGACAUCACCACCACUACUGGCAAUGGCUCCGACCUAGAGCUCCUCUCGAGGACCUCAGAAGUCGCUAUCGAGAAACAGCAGAGCAGGAACGAGACGCGGAGGAGCCAGGACGAGAGCACGGUGAUGCUCCGGCAAUCGACGACGGAGUCGGCGGACAGCACGGCAGAGAUGGCGAUAUCCAGCCCGCCAGCUCCUGGCCUCAGAGACAGUUCGCCGGCGCCUUCCCCGCCGAGGCAGCCACGGAGCUCCUCGCCGAGCAGGCCCGACCGCCAUGCCGAAGCACCCACGACCGCACCUACUACUACUACGUCGCAGCACCAGCUCCAGGCGACCAAGUGGCGCGCCCAGAGCCUGGUGCGCCCCAGGCCCUCGCCCGAGCGCCGGAUGGCGGUGGUGGGCCCGCAGCGAUCCAUGUUCACCUCUACAUUCACGCCGGAAACGCCGGCCCCACGCUGGGCCGCGUGGGGAGGAGCGCGGCAGCGGACGGCGACGGCGACGCCCGGGACCAAGAAGGCGGCGGCGGCGGCCCACGCGGGCCCGAGGACCCUGUGGACGCCGUCGGUGGAGGCGAGGAGGGCAGCCGCCCAGGCGGUGCUGGCGAGAAGCGGCGAAGCACAGAGGGCCAGCGAUGCCGCCCAACCGCCGGCGUUGGUGGUGGCGACCACCCCGGCUCGGCAAAGGGAUCGCCCCGACGGCGGAAGGGAGGACAUGACCGAGGCGGCCAAAGGAAAGCAGAGCCCCACAGACACCCCAAAGGAGAGCCAGGCGGCGGCAGUAGCCAGUGAGGACGAGGCUAAGAGCGACGGCGGCGGCGGCGAGCAGCACGAGCUAGAUCAGCAGCCACAAGGACAGGAGCCCCAGCAGGACGAACAGAAGCAGCAAGAGGAGCAGCACCGACAAUGGGCCGUUCUGUUGGCGGCAGCGGGUGCCUUUGCGAGGGCCGUCAGGGCGCUGCUGGCGGACGUAUUGUGUGCGUUCUGGGUGUUCAUAGCCCCGGCCUUCGACGGCGGCUCGGCGAUCCGCCAACGCUACAAUGCGAGCCGCACGACGUGGCCCGACCUGGCCGUGUUCGCGUUCGCCUCCGCCUUCGUCAUGGGGGCGGUGAUGGCUGGGGUCUGGGCGGGGCGGGCCGUCUUGUUCGCGACGGAGGUUGCGCGGGUCGGCGUGAUGGCCUUUGGCACCGCCCUCGGCAUGUAACCUUCUUGGCAAUGUCUGCGAUGGGGGUGGGUGGCAAUGCAUCUCGUCGUUGCAUCGACCCAUGGGAUGAGGUAUUGAUACUCAUCUAAUUGGGUUCCGGCUUUGGUUUUGCUCACCGCCUGGUGUCUCGGGGAGCCUCAAACAGAAGCUCAUAAAUGCGUUGGUUUCUUAAAUCUUUCAAUGACAGCGAGCAAAAUAUUUACUCGGCUCUUGUGGGGAGCCUGCGUAUGUUCUACUAGCCUCGUUCUCUACACACGCCCUUCUCCCCUAUUUUAUCGCUUUCUCUUGCAUCACUUUUUCUUCUUUGUUCCUCGUCCUAGAGUAUCGAUAGGCAGACUCCUAUUGCUCAAGGGAUUGAGGCAUGGUCCCAGGGGCGACAGGGUUUCUUUAGAGACUGGGCUGUUUAUUAGGUGGGUCCUCUCAUCUGUGCUCCGGCAUCGGGGGAGGGCGACGUCGGUCUUGGGCACGCAAAACCAAGACGAACAUCGAAG